AUGUUGCGCAGCGGAUUGUUUAUUCUCGCCGCAGUGGCCAGCCCGGUCGCGGCGAUUUGGCCAAUGCCAACACAUGCUACCUUUGGUAACAAGACACUGUAUAUCGAUCGCUCGAUUCAAGUGCUUUACAAUGGCGAGCAUAUACCCACCAGCCAUUUCGAACCACCAAGCGGCUCCGACUUCACUAGCCAAGAUAUUGUCCGCGGAGGUGUCUCACGUGCCUUCCAGGCCAUUUUCGACCAGAGUCUUGUUCCCUGGAUGCUGCAUGAUCCAGAUGCUGACUAUGACCCCCCAGUGACAGAUAAGCGUAUUGUUAGUCUCAACAUUGAACAGACCAAGCGCGACGGCAAGGGUAUGUUCAAGCCCAAGGAUGGCGAUGUCGACGAAUCGUACAGCUUCGACGUAACGGAAGCCGGUCGUGCAUCGAUUCGCGCAGCAUCGUCUACCGGUGUUUUGCGCGCCCUGGAGACAUUCACACAACUAUUCUUCAAGCAUACCUCCGGCUUCAUUUACACGAGCCAGAUCCCUCUCGCCAUUACUGAUGCACCGACGUACCCCCACCGUGGCAUUCUCCUCGAUGUCAGCCGUCACUGGUAUGAGAUGGAAGAUUUAAAGCGCACAAUUGACGGCCUUGCAAUGGCCAAGCUGAAUACCUUCCACAUCCACAUCACGGAUACCCAGUCCUGGCCUCUUGAGAUUCCAGCACUUCCCCGUCUUGCAGAGAAGGGUGCCUACCACUGCAGUCUCACCUACAGCCCUGCUGAGAUGGCCCGACUUUUCGAAUACGGUGUCCACCGCGGAGUACAGGUCGUUCUUGAGAUUGAUAUGCCUGGACACAUGGGCAUUGAAAAAGCGUACCCUGGUCUAUCUGUCGCCUACAACGAGCGACCAUACGGCUACUACUGCGCGCAGCCCCCGUGUGGCUCGUUGCGCUUGAAUAACACAAAGGUGGAAAAGUUUCUCGUCAAACUCUUCGAUGAUCUGCUUCCUCGCGUUUCACCCUACUCUUCGUACUUUCACACUGGCGGAGAUGAAUACAGGGCCAACAAUUCCAUUCUGGACCCAGACCUGAAGACGAAUGACGUAACAAUUCUCCAGCCCAUGCUACAGCGCUUCUUGGACCAUGCCCACGACAACGUCCGCAAGCAUAAGCUGACACCUAUUGUUUGGGAAGAGAUGAUUCUUGAAUGGAACGCAACUCUCAGCAAAGAUACUCUCGUACAGGCGUGGCAGGGUCGCGAUGCUGUCGAGAAGCUGGCCAACAAGGGCUACAAGGUCAUCGACUCUACAAAGGACUUUUAUUAUCUCGACUGCGGCCGCGGUGAAUGGAUUGUAGAUAGGAGCCCGACGGAUGGACUUCCAUUUGAGGAUUGGUGCAGCCCUACGAAGAACUGGAGAGUUGUCUACGCUCACGACCCCCGCGCUGGUCUGUCGGCUGAAGCAGCAAAGAACGUUGUAGGCGGCGAAGUAGCGGUCUGGUCAGAAACGAUUGACCACAACAGCGUUCACAGCAUCAUCUGGCCGCGAGCAGCAGCUGCAGGUGAAAGCUGGUGGUCCGGUCCUCCUGGCCCUGGCCAAGAUCGCGACAUGUAUGAUGUGCGCGCCAGAUUAUCCGAGAUGCGCCACCGAAUGCAAGCUCGCGGUAUCCACGGCGCGGCCAUCACUCAGCUCUGGUGUGAGCAGCGACCCUCAGCAGAUUGCUCCUCCGCCUAG